GCGACUUCCUUUGAACGUGUCGGGGGCGGGGCAUGUCGUAAAGCGUCGUGAAGGUGCUUCCCUCGGGUCUUCAGACGCCGCGCUUUGCGGCGCUGGCUCCGCUGAGCUGAAGAUGUCGGCUGCGAGCCGGGAGGAGCGCUCUGGUCCUCCCGGCAGCUUCGCGAAGCGGGUCCUGGUGACCGGGGGUGCUGGUUUCAUUGCGUCCCAUGUGAUUGUCUCCUUAGUAGAAGAUUAUCCCAACUAUAUGAUCAUAAAUCUAGACAAGCUGGAUUACUGUGCAAGCUUGAAGAAUCUGGAACCAGUCUCAAACAAGCAAAACUACAAGUUUAUACAGGGUGACAUUUGCAAUUCUCACUUUGUGAAGUUGCUGUUUGAAGUGGAGAAAAUAGAUAUAGUACUACAUUUUGCUGCACAGACACAUGUAGAUCUUUCAUUUGUCCGUGCCUUUGAGUUUACAUACGUCAAUGUUUAUGGUACUCAUGUUUUGGUAAAUGCUGCUUAUGAAGCUGGAGUGGAGAAAUUUAUUUACGUCAGCACAGAUGAAGUUUAUGGAGGCAGUCUCGAUCAGGAGUUUGAUGAAUCAUCACCCAAACAACCUACAAACCCUUAUGCUUCAUCCAAAGCAGCUGCUGAAUGUUUUGUGCAGUCUUACUGGGAAAGAUACAAGUUCCCAGUUGUCAUCACAAGAAGCAGUAAUGUCUAUGGACCACAUCAGUAUCCAGAAAAGGUUAUUCCAAAGUUCAUAUCCUUGCUGCAGCACGACAGGAAGUGCUGUAUUCAUGGAUCAGGACUGCAAAGAAGAAACUUCCUUUAUGCUGCUGAUGUGGUAGAAGCCUUCCUCACUGUCCUCACAAAGGGAGAGCCAGGCGAAAUCUACAACAUCGGGACCAACUUUGAGAUGUCGGUCGUCCAGCUUGCGAAAGAGUUAAUACAGCUGAUCAAAGAGACUAAUUCAGAGUCUGAAACGGAGAGCUGGGUGGACUACGUGAGUGACAGGCCUCACAAUGACAUGAGAUAUCCAAUGAAGUCUGAAAAAAUUCACAGUUUAGGAUGGAAGCCCAAAGUGCCAUGGGAAGAAGGAAUAAAGAAAACAGUUGAGUGGUACCGAAAGAAUUUUCACAACUGGAAGAAUGCAGAAAAGGCAUUAGAGCCCUUUCCAGUCCAGCCACCGUUUAUGUAACUGCCAGUUGCAGAGACGAGGACAUCAUCCUACCUCAGCCUGUGAGGUGAAUCAAGUGCCUAAAACAAGUGCCAUCUUCUCUCCUGGGCUGCGCGGGAUGCCCUCAGCACUGGGUGGGAUACAGAGUCUUCAGCAGUUUCAGAUUGGUCCAGAAUUCACUGUGGAGGUCCCCUUGGCCAACUUCUACACCUCAGGCAGUGGUCCAGCAGGAGCAUUGGACGUGGGCAGGACAGGGCCCUGGCUCUGAGAACAAAGGCAGGAAGUGGUACUUCGUGGCUGGCAUCCUGGGCUGCGUUGGACUUCUGGCUCCCAGCCUUCGUCAGUACAUGCUGGUCUCAGAUUUCCUGUCCUGACUAUAUUUUCUAUGGUCUGAUGAUGUGAAAAUUGAAGAAAAUGGAAGAGUAUCUUGCACUUUUAAACUUUUAAUAAUUGUAUAAAAUUAAGUUAAAUGGAUUUUAAAGGUAAAAUGUAAAUUUCUUACAUUUUUAAAAUCAGUUGUUGAUUUUAUAUAACCCGUAUCAGAAAUUUUAUCAUGUAUCUACAAUUUACAAUGGUUUUAUUUAUGAAAGUGUCAAUAUAUUUUAAUAUAUUAAAUGCAGAUUGUGGCUUUUUUUA